AUGUCCAACUUAUCCCUUUACACAGUAACGGCGCUGUUGAUUCUUGAUGCGGAUGGACAAAGGGUUUUGGCUAAAUAUUAUAAUCCACCCCAUCAAAAUACACCAGGGGUUGGCAUAGCAAGCGAUUUAGGUGUAGGUCCAGGUGGACCUGGAAUGGGUGGAUUGAUACAUCUAAAAGAACAAAAAGCUUUUGAAAAGAGUGUAUUUGAGAAAAUCAGGAGAGGUGGUGGCGAGAUACACCCAUUACCACCACAUCUGAUAAUAACUCGAACAAUCGUCGAUUUACAUUUCAUAAUUGUUGGACCAUUGUCAACUUCAAACGAGUUAAUGCUUCAUCAGACACUCGGUGCAUUCGCCGACGCAGUACAUUUGCUUCUGAGAGGUCAAAUUGAGAAGAGGAAUGUAUUGGAGGGAUUGGAUUUGGUCCUUCUAGCAGCGGAUGAGACUGUUGAUGAUGGAAUCAUCCUUGAAACGGACGCCGCAGCUAUCGCAGCGAGGGUAUCUCGACCGAAAGCUGAUACUACCGAUAUUGUUAUUAACGAACAAACACUCUUGAAUGCUUACACUUCAUUCCGUGAUAAGGUUUCGCAAAGGAUACAACAACUAUAG